AUGAUGGAAGAAUAUUUGCUUAACAACCAAAUCAGCGAUCUGUUGAUGGGCUUCCUCUAUCGGAUGAAAUGCUCCAAAACUAUUUCCUUAAGAUGUAGGGAUAUAUCGGAAGAAAUCGUUCAUAUUUCGAUUAGGAAAUAG